AGUCAUUAAUAAAUUUAGCAAUUCCCCAUAUAAACUCUUAGUGAGUGAAAACUCAAAACUCAGAUCCGAUCCCACAAAAACACAACUAUUUAUUUCAUUACAUUACAUAACAUAACUUUGACGUCUUCAUCGUAAAACCCACAAUCCAAUUUCAACUAGUGGGCGUAUCAUCAACCUUUUCAUUCAGGUGUUUAUUCGAGUGAUCAGAAUGACAGACGAGAAGAGGGGGUUAACGUAUAGCGUUGAUGAUGCGUUGGUGACGAUGGGAUUUGGGAAGUUACAAUAUUUGGUGUUAGCAUAUGCUGGGAUGGGAUGGAUUUCAGAAGCAAUGGAAAUGAUGAUUUUAUCAUUUGUUGGACCCGCUGUUAAAUCUGCUUGGAAACUUAGUAAAGCUCAAGAAAGUUUGAUCACUACUGUUGUUUUUGCUGGUAUGCUUGUUGGUGCUUGCGGUUGGGGUCUUAUUUCUGAUAAAUAUGGUAGAAGGAAGGGAUAUCUAUUUUCUGCUGUAGUAACAGCAGCAGCUGGUUUUUUGAGUGCAGCUGCGCCAAACUACGCCGUUUUACUAGUGGCUAGAUGUUUAGUGGGCCUUGGAUUAGGAGCAGGCCCAGUGUUAUUAACUUGGUUUCUCGAGUUUGUACCAGCACCAAGUAGGGGUACAUGGAUGGUCCUUUUUCAAGCCUUUUGGACGGUUGGAUCCAUUAGUGAAGCUGCCUUAGCAUGGAUUGUAAUGCCAAAGCUUGGAUGGAGAUGGCUAUUGGGUCUAUCAGUUCUACCAUCAUUCAUUCUUCUAAUAUUCUACAUAAUCACCCCAGAAUCCCCAAGAUACCUAAUCUUAAAAGGCAGAAAAAAAGAAGCCCUACAAGUACUAGAAAAAAUAUCCAAAAUAAACGGAAAAAAUUUGCCUCCUGGUACACUUAUUACUGACAUAGAACUCCAAGAAAAAACUACAAAUAUUUCAACAAAAAAUCAAGAUCAAAAUCAAGAUCUUGAGGUACCCCCCAAAUGGAAGGACUCAGAAAUGACAGUAUGGAAAUCAGUAAUGCUAUUAUUGUCCCCAAAAUUAGCUAAGACUACACUUCUACUAUGGGUCGUGUUUUUUGGGAAUGCGUUUGCGUAUUAUGGGCUGGUGUUGCUUACUACUCAGUUGAAUAAUAAGGAUAAUGUGUGCGGGAAGACUGAACCGGAUGUGAAGAAAUUGGAUAAUUCUAAGCCGGAUAUUGAUUAUAAAGAUGUCUUCAUCACUAGUUUUGCUGAACUUCCUGGACUAGUGAUCGUGGGUGUCCUAAUUGAUCGAGUGGGUCGUAAGUACUCAAUGGCAGCAAUGUUCGUAGUAUGUUCCAUCUUUUUAUUCCCAUUAGUAAACCAUCGUUCAAGCACAGUCACAACAGUUCUUAUGUUUGGUGCUCGAGCAUGUAUUAUGGGCACAUUCACUAUCGCCUUCAUAUUUGCACCAGAGAUAUACCCAACAUCUGUUCGAAACACAGGAUUUGGAACAGCGAGUUCAAUGGCUAGAAUAGGCGGUAUGGUGAGCCCGUUCGUGGCAGUAGCAUUGGUUCAAGGGUGCCAUCAAAUGGCUGCAGUCUUGUUUUUUGCAGGGGUAGUAUUAGCUGCUGCAGUAUCAGUAUUAUUAAUUCCACACGAAACGAAGGGACUCGAGCUCACUGAUAGCAUCGCGAGCAACAAACACCAGAAACCAAAGGUGAUUACACAAGACCAAGCUGUAUGAAUAGCCUGCAGGAACCGGGUUUCCUAACUACGUACACAACUGUAUUGUUAUAGGCCUUGUUAUUGUCAAAAUAGCGCUAUUAUUGCUAUCGCAUUUUAAACCUUUAAACAAAUUACUUGAGAGAUUGUUAUGUUUAAAUCACCUUUAUUGCCCAUUUUAUAAAACAAGUGGGGCAAAAUCAAAAGAACAGAGAAGUGUAGCUCAUAACGUAGUCCUUGUAUACUUAUUUGAAGAUGAAGUUUUAUGUUAUAUAUAGGGUUUCUCUUUGUAGUUUGGCUUGUUAUUUUGUAUUUUUUGUUGUCAAAUAUUUUACUUGUGUUUUUUGUCAAAUAUUGUAAAACAUUUUAUUUGGCUUUUAUUAGUUGUUACAGUUCCUGUAGUAACUAUUAUUCAUCAACUGAUUUUAUUUGGUAUAUAUUUCAUCAUGUAUAAUAUAAAAUAUAGUCAAAUGAGAUCUUGUUUG